AAACUACAACUCCAAUGCUGCUUUACGCAAUUUUGAUGACGUUACAGGGCAUUUCCCGUAGUAACCUUUCCUGUCUGGCUAGUGGUGCGUUUGCGCCUCCUGUCUUGAAAGAGAGGUGAAGAAGAGUUUACUUUCCAGAGUUUUAGGUUUAGUUUCGGUGUUCGUGUGGACUGAAGGGUGUUGUCGAAGCAGAAAGCCCAUUAUCACGGAAGGAUGCUGAACAUGUGGAAGGUUAGGGAGUUGGUUGAUAAAGCAACCAACGUGGUGAUGAACUACUCAGAGGUGGAGUCUAAAGUCCGAGAGGCCACCAAUGACGACCCAUGGGGACCAUCAGGACAGCUUAUGAGUGAAAUAUCCAGAGCCACCUUCAUGUAUGAACAGUUCCCAGAGGUGAUGAACAUGCUGUGGGCCCGCAUGCUGAGGGAUAAUAAGAAGAACUGGCGGAGAGUCUACAAGUCCCUGCUGCUGCUGGCCCAUUUAAUCAGGAAUGGAUCGGAGAGGGUUGUUACCAGUGCCAGAGAACAUCUGUAUGACCUUAGAUCAUUAGAAAGCUACCACUUUGUAGAUGAGAAUGGGAAGGACCAAGGUGUGAAUGUUCGUCAUAAAGUAAAGGAGAUGGUGGAAUUUGUCCAGGAUGAUGAGAGGCUUAGGGAAGAACGGAAAAAGUCAAAGAAGAUCAAAGACAAAUACAUCGGGGUAUCCUCAGACAGUAUGGGAUACCGACGUUACUCGGGGGACAGGUACGACGCCAGCGAUUCACGGGGAAAGUGGGACGACGACUGGGAGAGGAAUAAAGGGCAAUUCCCCUUUAGCGAGAAAUUGGGAGAGAUCAGCGACAAAAUCGGCAGCACCAUUGACGAUACCAUAAGCAGAUUUAGGAAGAAGGAUAGAGAAGACUCACCAGAUCGAUUUAGUGACAACGAUGAGGACCGGGGUCGCUCAUCUCACAAUGGCCAGUCAGGAAAAGAAUUCAAAGAUGAAGAGGAAACUGUAACCACGAAGAGUGUGCAAAUAGUCCAAGCAACAGAGACUACAGCAACACGGAAGAGAGGAGGGGUUCCGUCUAAGAAAGUAGACUUGGGGGCCGCAGCUAACUACAUAGGGGAUAAGAGCCCAGACACCACCACCAAACAGGCAUCAACAGCAAAUCCCCAACCAGCAGCCCCCCAGUCCUCCAGUACCGGCCUAGCUGACCUACUAAUGGUGGACACAACACCAAGCCAGCCUGCUGCCACAGACCUGAUCAGUGGAUUUGCUGACUUCUCCUCACCUGCUGCGUCCGUUGGCUUCUCCCCGGGAUCUGCAGCACAUUCCUCUAGCAGCAAUGGAGACUUUGGAGAUUGGAAUGCCUUUCCCGGAGGUCAGAUGCCAGCAUCUGCUCAGACUGUUGACACCAGUGGAAACAGCCUUUUUGGAGCCAUGACAGGCCCGGCCGCCGCGCCUGCCCCAGUCUCAGCUUUGGGCUCUGGUCCUGCCUCAGCAGACCUGUUUGACUUGAUGGGGCCAACUCAGUCCCUCACCUCCUCUCAGAGCCUCAACUUUAACAUGAGCAGCACACAGAGCAUGAGCAGCACCGUCCUGCCCCAGUCUAGGUCACAGCCCCUACAGAACAUGGGGGGGGCUUUGCAACCACAGUCUGUCCAGCCCUUUCAGCCUGCACAGCAGGGAAUGGCCUCUCAAGGUGUUGGAGCCAAAGCAGCCGUUCCUUCCACCUGGUCAGACUCCUCAGUUAACAUCAGCCUGGACUUCCUGGGCCCAGGCAUGCAGCCACCCAAGCAAAGCCAGCCCACCCUCAACACCCUCCAACACGGCAACCAGUUACCUGCCAACAUACUCUCCCAGGGAUUUUCUGGUAUGAGCCUCGGACCUACAUCGACCAUAAAUCCUAUGAUGCACCCUGGUGCUGGCAUGGGCAUGGGGAUGGCCCCCAACCAGGGCAUGAUGGGGAUGGGCAUGAAUAUGGGGAUGCCACAGGGCGGUAUGACCAUGGGGAUGCCCAAUGCCAUGGGGAUGGGAAUGGGGAUGAACCCUGCAAUGGUGCAACAGCCCAAACUCGAUGCCUUUGCUGACUUCGGCAACUUUGGAAAGUGAUAGAGCCGGAGAGCAAAGAUUUUCUGGUGGAGUGGUCUCUCUCUCUAUUUCUCUCCGUCCAUUGUUGAAAGAUUGUUAAUGAGCUUCAAACAAAGAGUACUUGAAUAAUCAACUAUUACAACACCUACA